GGGUGGAUUCCUGUGCUGUCAGUCUUAUAACUUGGGUCAGGGCACUCACUAGUCUGAAGGAGGAUCCUGGUAAAAGACUCUCAGAAAAACAGGACGUGCACUGUACCUGCUUUACUGGUAUACACUGCUUGCCUUUAUACACCAACUGGACUGGACCCUCCACCAUAAGACAUCAUGGCACUUACCCCAGAAUUGAGCAAGCAAACAAAAAGGAAAGAGAUAGCAGGGAUCACCCUGAUGUCUGAAACCGUGGACAACUGGAGCCAGAUUCAGACCUUCAAGGCCAAGCCAGAUGACCUCCUCAUUUGUACUUACCCUAAAUCAGGGACAACAUGGAUUCAAGAGAUUGUGGACAUGAUUGAGCAGAACGGGGAUGUAGAGAAGUGUCGGCGGGCCGUCAUUCAACACCGACACCCUUUUAUUGAGUGGGCACGGCCACCCCAGCCAUCAGGUGUGGAUGAAGCCAAUGAGAUGCCAUCUCCAAGGAGACUAAAGACCCAUCUUCCCACUCAGCUGCUGCCACCAUCUUUCUGGACAAGCAACUGUAAGUUCCUGUAUGUGGCUCGAAACGCCAAAGACUGCAUGGUUUCCUACUACCACUUCUACAGGAUGAGUAAGAUGCUGCCAGAACCGAGCUCCUGGGAUGAAUAUUUUGAAAACUUUAUCAAUGGGAAAGUAAAUUGGGGAUCCUGGUUUGACCAUGUGAAAGGAUGGUGGGAGAUUCGAGAUAGAUACCAGAUUCUCUUCCUCUUCUAUGAAGAUAUGAAGAGGGACCCAAAGCAUGAAAUCCAGAAGGUAAUGCAGUUCAUGGGAAAGAACUUGGAUGAAGCUGUGCUGGAUAAAAUCGUCCAAGAGACAUCAUUUGAGAGAAUGAAAGAGAAUCCUAUGACAAAUCGUUCAACCAUUCCCAAAUCUAUCCUGGACCAGUCCAUUUCCCCUUUUAUGAGAAAAGGAACUGUGGGUGAUUGGAAGAACCACUUCACGGUGGCUCAGAAUGAGAGGUUUGAUGAAAUCUAUAGACAGAAGAUGGAAGGAACAUCUAUAAACUUCUGCAUGGAACUCUGAUCAAGUCAUAGAGAUAGAUAUCAAGAACAUGGAUGCUGUCUGCAAGCAUCAGCCCAACCAAAAGAAGCUCCGAAAGGACACUGUAAAUGCAGAGGAUUGUGGCUCAGACUCUAGGAUUAUUAACAUCACAUUAUGAUUUUAUAAAAGCAGAUCAUGGCUAAUGAGUAUUCUUUCCACUAUUCAGUACAAAUUUGUAAGACAGCUUAAUAAUCCAAGGAAAACCUAAGUAAGACUUGAAUACUACAAAUUUUAAGCUGCUAGUCAUCUAGAAGAGUGGUUCUCAAUGUGUGGGUCAUGACCCCUUUGGAGGCACAUUUCAGAUAUCCUGCAUAUCAUAUAUUUACAUUACAGUUCAUAACAGUAGCAAAAUUGCAGUUAUGAAGUAGCAACAAAAUUUUAUGGUUGAGGGUAACCACAAGGAACUGUACUAACAGGCCGCAAUAGGAAAGUUGAGAACCACUCUUCUAGAAGGUACAGCCUGACUCUGAAAUAUACUACCUUCAGUACAAACACACAAAUAUUAGAUAUCAUCUAUACAAAUGUACAUGAAAUUCUAAUGUCUUCCCUGCUCAAUCAGGGUUUUGCCUGGUUAUAAUAGAAAGAAUCACUUUGUGAACAACUUGUUGCAACCAACCCAUGGGAACAUGUUCCACCUGGGGGAGAAAAAUGAGGAGGUGUCAGAAAUCCAAACCUUAAUAAAGGGAAUCCUAGAUCUGUGUCAUAAGAGAAACAGAAAGAAAGAUCAUAUCACGAUGAAAGCAGAAGGUAGGCAUGGUGCUCAGUUUGGAGACAACUGGGUUUUGAUCAGCAGUUGUCCCAUCUGAGGAGCAACCUGUAACCAAACCAAGUGUCUCUUUUACCUAGUUUCCAUUUUUGCCCAUUUGAACGGAGCCUGUCUGUAUUUGCUUGCCAGCAUACUUAUCUCUAUCGCCCACUAGUUCCAUGUCUUAGUCACCCUCUUACUCCUAGUACCCCAGGCAGUGUGGGGGCACACAGCAUGUUGCAUGAGUGAAUGAUGGGCACAGAAGACAGAAAGGCAGGCAUGUUUCAGGUCAUAAAUCCUCAGCUUUUACCUUCUCAUUUUAGUUUCAAACAGCAGCAUUCCAAAGCUGAGAGCAACAGAGGUAGUCUAUGGUGAAAGCAGGAAUCCAGGGUACAUUACAAGAGCUAGAAUGCCGAUUGCUUUCUAUCAAGCCUACAUUUUCUCCUAAAAGGCCACAUGAUAAAGACCUGGACCCAGCAUGGUGUUCCUGCGAGGAGGAGGUGUUAGAAGGUGUAAUAGAAUUCAGUGGGUAGAAGCUAGGUUACUGUAUCAUGCCCUGAAAGGGAAUGGGAGUCCCAGCCCCUUGGUCUUCCUUUCUUUUCCUUCUUGGCUAUGAGGUGGGCAGUUUUGCUCUGCCAUCUGCUCCCAUCAUGAUAUUCUGUCCAUCUGACCAUGGAAUGUAAAUUCCAAAACCAUGAACCCAAAUAAACCUUUUGUCUUUAAAAGCUGAUUAUCCCAGAUACUUGUUAUAGUGAAACAAAGCUAACACAUUCACCAUGACAUGGCAAUAAAAUACUCACUCCUCCCUGGAAACCCACUUCAUUUUGUCUGACUUAUAGAUGAGUGGUUACUGCUAAGAUUUAACUGAAAGUACAUAGGUAAUUGAUACCUUCUAUCAUGUAAAAGAUAUUUAUAUCCUAAUUGGAUCAUAACGUUUUAUUGAUUGCUUCUAUGUCUUAUUCACAUUUGUAGUGAAGUUAUUCAGAGAUUCUCUAGGUAUAGAGUCUACUCUUACAAUUCUAAACCAAACCAAAGUAUCUACACCUGCUUCCCUUCAAGGUUAUGUUCAUAGCAGCUCGGAGUCACUCCAGCUUAUUUAAGGAAUACCCCGUGUCUCCAACUAUGUCCUGGUUAAUAGUUGAUUCAGGGUAAGCUGUGGAAGCUUUGUUGUAACAAACUCAAAGUUCUUCAGUUCUGGAUUUGUCUGAGUGGGAGUUUUCCUUUGUAUCAGAAUUUAAAACAGCAAUACUUGAAGGAGAACAUGUAAAGUACACUGUGAGUUUAGUAAGCACAAGAUUACAUUCACAAUUUACACUUUGGUAACUUUAAUAAUUAUUAAUUUUGGAUCCAAGGAUGAAUCAAGUAUCUGAAACAUUACAUCAGAAGUAUAAUUAAGUAAUUGUUAGAUUUAUAUUUUUGUAGAUAUUUUGGUUUUAUUAGAAUUGAUUCAUGAUUCUUUCACUCGCAUGUCUAAUAGACUCAUGAUUAUUUUCCUGGCAUGUCUCUGUACACAAAAUUUAAUAAAAGAAAGUUUUAAUUAUUACUUUA